UAGAGGAGAAGCAGCUAUGCAGUGCUUUCCUGGCUGGACUCGGCAGGAGCAAGCUUGGCUGGACGCCCUGUGCAGUGUUUCUGCGAUUACAAUGACAGCGUGUCCUGAGGAGGCAGCAGCAGACAGGCCGCGAACCCCCCCGGGCAUCCCUCCCUCCCCCUUUGUCUAGGCUUCGCAAAGCAGCCACUGACGCUGGGUUCCUGCCAGAGCUGCGAAGCAGGGCCUCCCGAGCGCAGCUGGGAGAACCAAACAGGUCCCUGCCAGCCUCUGAGGAAUGGCUGCUGACAUUCACAAGAAGAAAGGCUGGGAAGUCCCCAACGGGUCCUUGGUGCCAGCAGAUGGGCAACCCACGGAGAGGUCGGAGAGCCCCACCCCAGGGCUGGCUCAGGGCAUGGAACCAGGGGCAGGCCAGGAGAGGGCGAUGUUUGUUCACACCCGGUCCUAUGAGGACCUGACGAGCCCUGAGGAUGGAGAUGUCGUGUCCAGGAGCCCUGAGGAAGGGCGAGGGGACCAGGCAGACCAGACCAGCAUGGAACAGAUCAGCAAGGACUUCAGUGAGCUCAGCACACAGCUAACGGGCAUGGCGUUAGACCUGGAGGAGGAGAUGAGGCCGAGUCAGGAGGACAAGAUGGAUCUCUCGCUGCAGACUGCCCGGAGAGACUCAGCUCGGUCGGAGAAGGAGGACGAGGACGUGACCAUGGAGGCCUGGCGCAUGCAUCAGAAGCAUGUGUUCGUGCUGAGCGAGGCAGGCAAGCCAGUGUAUUCCCGCUACGGCUCAGAGGAGGCGCUGUCCAGCACCAUGGGAGUGAUGAUGGCCCUGGUGUCCUUCCUGGAGGCAGAGAAGAAUGCCAUCAGGUCUAUCCAUGCAGAUGGCUACAAGGUGGUCUUUGUGCGCCGGAGCCCCCUGGUGCUGGUGGCCAUGGCCCGGACGCGGCAGUCGGAGCAGGAGAUCACCCAUGAGCUCCUCUACAUCUACUACCAGAUCCUCAGCCUGCUCACCUGGACCCAGCUCAACCACAUCUUCCAGCAGAAGCAGAACUAUGACCUACGCAGGCUGCUGGCGGGCUCCGAGCGCAUCACUGACAACUUGCUGGACCUGAUGGCUCGGGACCCCAGCUUCCUGAUGGGUGCCGCACGCUGCCUGCCGAUGACAGCGGGGCUCAGGGACACCGUGAGCACCUGCCUCCAGCAGGCCAAGGCCAAAAGCCUGGUGUUCUCCAUCCUGCUGUCCAGGAACCAGCUGGUGUCUCUGGUGAGGAAAAAGGACCAGUUCCUGCAUCCCAUUGACCUGCAUUUACUCUUCAACCUCAUCAGCUCCUCCUCCUCCUUCCGUGAGGGUGAGGCCUGGACUCCUAUCUGCCUGCCCAAGUUCAACUCCAGUGGCUUCUUCCAUGCCCACAUCUCAUACCUGGAGCAGGACAUGGACCUGUGCCUGCUCCUGGUCUCCACCGACCGUGAAGACUUCUUCACCGUCUCUGACUGCAAGCGCCGGUUCCAGGAGCGCCUGCGGAAGCGUGGCGUGUCCCAUGCCCUGCAGGAGGCCCUGCGCACCCCCUUCUACAGCGUCUCCCAAGUGGGGAUCCCGGACCUCAGACACUUCAUCUACAAAUCCAAGAGCUCGGGGCUGUUCACCAGCCCUGAGAUUGAGGCUCCCUAUGUCAGCGAGGAGGAGAAGCAGAGACUGCUGGAGCUAUACCAGUACCUACACAGCCGUGCCCACAACUCCUCCCGCCCCCUGAAAAACAUCUACUUCACAGGACCCAGUGAAAAUCUCCUGGCUUGGGUGACCAGUGCCUUUGAGCUCUACGUGUGCUACAGCCCCCUGGGGACCAAGGCAGCCGCUGUCAGCGCUGUCAACAAGCUGAUGAAGUGGAUCCGCAGGGAAGAGGACCGACUCUUCAUCCUGACACCGCAGACCUACUGAUGGGUGCUGUGCCAUGCCAGCCAUGCUCAGAGGAUUCCCGGCUCCAAUCAGAACACCCCCCGGGGCAGGCCCCACCCUCCCGGUGUGCGUGAGGGAUGGUGGGAAAGGGGCACCCUUUGGAAGCAGAGCCCUCUGCCCCCCAACGGAGGGAAAGCACAUUAAUGGGGUUGUUAAAUAGCAGAUUUUAGAGACCCUAAAGCUUCCCAAGUUGCCUGGCACUGUGACCAGGACCCAGUGGAAACCCCUGCUACUGAGAGGCCGCCCCACCUGGACAUGCAUUCCUCGCUACAGCCUCCAGCCAGUGCUUCUACCUCACCUGCCACUUCUCAGCCUCCCCACACCAUCCUGCUUCCCUACCCUGUUGGGACACUCUUCAUUCCUGGGGUAUAUCCCUCAGUCUGGGGGAGUGGGGGAAUCCCCCUGUUGCUAGCUGCCUCCAUGGUGGGGCAGGGGAGGGGUAGGCGCUCAGUCUGCACUGGGCUCCUAGGACCCCUGGUUCCUCCUGCAGCACCUCCCCUCUUUUCUCCAUCACUAGACUAUUCCCAGAGCGCUGAGGUGGCAUCUCCACCACUCCAGACCCACCCCGCUAUCCCUGGCCUCCAGGUCUCUGAGCUAGGGGUCACUGCCUGUGCACCGCAGAACCUGCUGGCUCCACCUCUGCCCCAGUUAUCUGCCAGGCCCACGCAUUCUGCCUGGGUCACCAAGGGACGGGUUCUCAGGGGUGUUGGUGGGCAGGCCACACAGGGCGACCUGCCAUGAGCAGGAAGGGCCGUACUGCCCAGCGGCUUGGCCCCUUGGUGUGGUCCCUCUCCCUGCUGCCUUCCAGCUUUCCCCUGCUCCUGGCAUCUUGAUGCCAGCAUCUCCCAGCCAGCCCUUUCACAGACCUGUUGGAGGCCUGGGGGGCAGGGAGCACCCGGACAGGAAGAACAGGCCCUUUGGGCUCCAAAGUGAGGAGGCCCUCACAUCGCCUUGUGUUGGCCUGGUCACCCUGGGGAGGGUAGAGUGGCUGGGUCCCCAACCCCAGAAGGAUUCACCCCCAGGUCUCCAUUAGUCAGUGCCAGCCUCUCCCACCCCCAGGUAUUCCCUGGAUCUCGCCCAAGCCCGGAUCACAGGCAGUUUGCCUGUCCCUGCGGCUGGGUUUUCGGAGCCAGCUCAGCAGCUGAUCUGUCUUCAUGGCCAUGGCACCGGAUCCUGGGAUGGGGCUGGAGGAGGAAACCAACACCAUUGAAUAAAGGCUACAGAGAAACGAUGGUGGUUUUAUUGCGGGGGGAUGGCCACAUGGUGGCAGCAGAGGAUGAGAGCGGGAAAGGGCUGGGUCCAGGGUCUGAGGUUAAAGCCAGUUUCCAUUGUGAACCGCACCGGGACCCCUGUUAACUGUCUCUGAAAAGCCAGUCUAUGCAUCCGAAGAAGUGAGCUGUAGCUCACGAAAGCUCAUGCUGAAAUAAAUUUGUUAGUCUCUAA